AUGGCUACUAUUGAGCCCAUAGUGGCUGAAAUGCAGUUUGGAGAGAGCCUGGCCAUGGCUGGGGUCCUGGAUCAGAGUCAGCCUCAAGCCUCUCUGUGGGUCCCCACGUAUGCCAAGGCAGAGAUCAGGACAUCCAAGAAACCGUCAGCACCCACGGAAGAAUUGGAAGAUGCCAGCCUGCCAGCAUCUGAAGACAGUCCACAAGCCUUACUUGUAUCUGAAUCCCCAGAUUCCCCCCAGAAACUAACAGAAAGAAAUCCGGCACAGCUUCCUAGCCCUCCGUUGCUCCCAGCUCCACCACCUAAGGCAAUCUCCAAAAUCACAAAAAGCGUAACAGCAGGAAGUGAAACAGAUGACCCAGCCAUGAAAUCUCCUCCUUCCACCAUCCUGAAGAAUUAUGUCAUUGUUGGUUCCUCCCAAAUCUCAGGACAAGCUGCCCUCUUCCAUCCCUCUGGCCAGAAAAGUUCAGAUCCCCAUGCCAGAGGACAGGUAACAACACCAACCGGUUCCCCUCAUCUGGCUGCCGUCCACCUGCCUUUACCACCCAGCAGAGUCAUUGAAGAACUCCACAGGGCUCUGGCCACCAAACACCGGCAGGACAGCUUCCAUGGAAGAGAAAGCAAAGGCUCUCCAAAAAAAAGAGUGGAUGUCCGUCCAUCCAGAACAUCUAGCAUUGAGCGCAACAAAGAAAAGGAGAACCCACUGAAUUACAGCAGUGAUUCAGAAAAUAAGCGGAACUCAGUUAAAGAGUCGGAUGAGAACAAAGAAAACAUGAUCAUGAACUCAGAGCUCAAGGAAGACUCUGUUUUUUAUCAGGAUGAGGAAGUUUUGAAUGACUCCAUUAUUUCUGGUACUUUGCCAAGAAAAUGCAAGAAAGAACUGCUGGCAGUAAAACUACGGAACAGACCAAGUAAGCAGGAGCUGGAAGACAGGAAUAUUUUCCCAAGGAGGACAGAUGAGGAAAGACAGGAAAUCCGGCAGCAAAUUGAAAUGAAACUCUCAAAGCGACUCAGCCAAAGACCUGCUGUUGAGGAGCUAGAAAGAAGAAAUAUACUUAAACAACGAAAUGAUCAAACAGAACAGGAAGAAAGAAGGGAAAUCAAACAGAGACUGACAAGAAAGCUUAACCAGAGACCUACAGUUGAUGAACUAAGAGACAGAAAAAUCCUGAUUCGAUUCAGUGACUAUGUGGAAGUGGCAAAAGCACAGGACUAUGACAGGAGAGCAGAUAAACCAUGGACAAGACUAUCAGCAGCAGAUAAGGCAGCAAUUCGGAAAGAGCUAAAUGAAUACAAAAGUAAUGAAAUGGAGGUACAUGCAUCAAGCAAACAUUUGACAAG